AUGAUGAAAGGUCCUACAUCAUCAUCAUCAUUCUUGAUGAGCCUGAACUUGAGGAAUUUUUGGGGUACUACAGCCACGAAUAGCUUGAAGUUUGUGUCGCCCACGCAGCAACGAGCUUACAGGAUAUGGAUGAAUAAUUCUAUGAAGAACAAGUCUUCAAAUUUUUUAAUGUCCAUCAUGAUGAUUCAUCCCGAGCAAAAGAAUAGCCUUUUUGCACUCUCUAAUAUCAACGAGUCAUCAUUAUCCUAUCACACAUUUCAUGGAAAUAUGAACAGUGUUGAAAACAAUGAUGCAUCUGCUUCUCAAGGUAUCCAGCAACAACAACAACACUCGAUAAAGACUAUUUCGGAACACAUGAAGCAAGUUUUACAAAGCUCUCAAUCAAAAAGCGAGUCUGUUUGGCCAAAUUAUGCAAAAGAAAUCAAUAGUAUUUUUUCGCAUUUUGAAAAGUUUGAAUUAUCGGAAGCUUUGCAACAAUUAACAAAUUUAAACGAGGCACUAUUUCGACAAGAUUCGAAUUUAUUUUCAGAGGAAAUGCAGGCAGUUCGAAUGGUUUAUCUAUAUAUUUCAUUUCUGGACCAAAUAUAUUCCAAGAAAGAUGGCGAGCAUGAUUUACCCCUUUUCAAUGAAUUUUUGGAUCCAAGAUGUUUUGAGUUUGAUUAUUUCAAACACGAAGUUGCUGUUGACAUCCUUCAAAAAUACAUUACAGAGCAUGUAGAAAAGAUCAAUGAAGGAAAAACACCAGAGUUUGUCACGCUCAAGCGAAAGCUUGCCUGGGUUAAAUUUUAUCAGAACCACCUUCUCAGCGCUAUCAAUGAUGUUAAGGAAGCAUUGGCUGUUGCUCGAGUAGUUUUUGGAAAAACUUCUGUCGAGGCAUGCUAUUGUUAUUCUGAUUUGGCAUCGCUUUAUGUUGCAGCUGAUAACCUCUCAGCAAGUGAAAAAUGUGCCAAGAUUGUCAUUUCAUUGCUUCCUCAAAAACCAAACAAAACUCCAUACUUGGAAGAGAAAAUUGCAAUGGCCAUGGUUGCACUCAGUGAAUCAGUGAGAGAAAGCAACGCUGAAGAAUGCGUCAAACUCAACACAAGCGCCAUUAAAAUCAUUGAGAACGUCUAUGGACGAAGAAACAAGAAGUGGAUUGAUUGUGUCUAUUCUCUGAUUAGUAACUAUGAUGGAAUUGCUGCAAACAAGAAAGAACAAGAUGAAGCACUCGGUGAAGAAUACACCCGAAAAGCAGACACUCUCUACAAUUUAGUUGGAGAAAUGUUGACAAAGAAUGCCUUUUCCAACAUUCUGCUCUUACCGCUCCGGCAAAGCACCACUGAUGAAGAGACGUAUGAUGAAGACUUGUUAUUGAGAUUGUACAUGAGAAGAAAGUACCCAUUACCACUUGCUAUUCAUGCUCUUUUUGGUGCCGCUCGAAUUGUGUUAAAUGGAGAGGCACCAGUCAAAUCCAUUGAACUCUAUGAAAAAGCUCUCACGUAUUUUUCAAAAGAGUACACCGAAGAUGAAUUCCUUAUUGAAAGAGAAUUUGCAAGCUCUCAACUUGCUUGUAUUUAUGCUCUGACAGGUCAAGCUGACAAAGGACAAAUUCUGUUAAAAGAGUGUAUGAAACGUAUUGCAAGCUCCAUUGGUACCGACAACAAAUUCUAUUCUGAUAUUGCAAGUUAUGAAGGUUUAGUAAGUACUGACUCACCAAAUCUGGCUGCAGCUGGUCUGAAUAUGGCAGGUCUUACGGACGCAGAUCCCAGUGGCAAAACUCCAGAGCAAAUGAAAGAGGAGUUGGAACGUCUUGGUUUCGAUGUGGACUCUUUCACAAACAUGAUGGAGAAUGCCAUGAAAUCAGGCGGACGAAAUAUGGAUGAGAAGGAGCUCUUUAAAAUGAUGGCUGGAGCAAUGUCCAAGUCACACAGUGACAAGAAGAGCAAAGCCGAUACAGAAUCUCCUCAAUCAAGUCCUUCAAAAUCAAAACAUAGUAGUAAGAAAAAGUGA